CUUGACAGAUCAACAACAUACCUACUGUCUUGGUUGACCUCUCGCUAAUCGACGAUCAACAUGGACUAUCAUCCUUUACUAAUCACGUUAAGUGUAGCCUUGCUCACCGCAUUAAUCCUUGGGUUUACACCCGCUUCGUCUCCACUGCGAAUACCUAUACUUCCCAUAUUGGGUUUAUCGACCUGGCAUUGCCUUCUAACAUGUCCUGACUACAUUAGCAGGAGUUCCUGGGCCUCGGCCGUGGGCGGAUAUACAUUAUCUUCAUUCUUUCAUUAUCUAGAUGCCGUCAUUCUCAGCCCAUAGGGUUACGAAAGUCGGGGCCCUGUAGAUGACUCGGUAAAGGUAACCACACGAUCAGCGGCUCUAAGUAAAACCUU